CGCAGGCGUUAGGGAUCUGCGCUCUGGAGAAUUAGCUCCGCGGCUUUCUCUUCUGGACUGGAGUCUCAGAUGGGGCUUCCGGAGAAACGGCGCCCCUGACCACUGAGCUGCACAGAGGAAUGGGUCCUGAUGCAGUGGGCUCUCCGGAGGAUGGACGCCCCAACUGAUUGAGGAGGGUCCUCCUGGGUCCCAUGAGAGGUGGGAAUCCCCACUACCGGUGGCGGGGGUUCCUUACCGAGAGGUCCCUUUGGAGGACGGAGGUCCCCGUGGGGGACGGAGGUCGUAACUUAUGGAGCCACAUGGAAGACUGGGGUUGUGACAGCUGUAUAGAGGACGAGAUCCUGACUGAAGGGACCCCCAAGGGCACGGGAGGGUGGAGUUCUCCCCUGAUCAGGCCCCAGGGAUGGAGGUCCCGAUCCAAUGACUCCAGAGAAUGUGGGUCCUCAUCGAGCUCCAUCUGGACGCGGUCCCGACUAAUCCAUCUCACCUGGGUGGGCUCCACGUGUGAGGGACCCCCCUCUCCCACAAAGGACAGCUCCCCUGCCCAAGUCACUCCACAGGGGUCAGCACCCCACCUUGCUGGGCUGAAUGGGGUCGUGAUGGCCCAGAGGAGGGACAAAGUAGGGAACACCUGACCGCCGGGCUCCCUGAGACAGGACAGCCCCCACCCCCAGACAGCUGUCGCUCCUCCUCUCGCGCGGGGCCUGGCGGAUGUGGGCGGACCCAGCGGCGAGGGGGGGGCGCAGUCGCUGGAUCGCGGGCGGCGGGACGCACCGGGCUGGGGGCUGGGGUAGGACCCGGCGCGCACCAUGGAACUGCUGUCCGCGCUAAGCCUGGGCGAGUUGGCGCUCAGCUUCUCUCGGGUGCCGCUCUUCCCGGUCUUCGACCUCAGCUACUUCAUCGUCUCCAUCCUCUACCUCAAGUAUGAGCCAGGAGCAGUGGAGCUGUCACGGCGCCACCCCAUGGCAUCCUGGCUAUGUGCCAUGCUGCACUGCUUCGGGAGUUACAUCCUGGCUGAUCUGCUUCUUGGGGAGCCCCUGAUUGACUACUUCAGCAACAACUCCAGUGUCCUGCUGGCCUCAGCUGUCUGGUACCUGAUUUUCUUCUGUCCCCUGGACCUCUUUUACAAGUGUGUCUGCUUCCUGCCUGUGAAACUCAUCUUUGUGGCUAUGAAGGAAGUGGUGAGAGUUCGCAAGAUCGCUGUGGGCAUCCACCACGCGCAUCACCACUACCACCACGGGUGGUUCAUCAUGAUUGCCACUGGCUGGGUCAAAGGCUCUGGUGUUGCCCUCAUGUCCAACUUUGAGCAGCUGUUCCGAGGGGUUUGGAAGCCAGAGACCAACGAGAUCUUGCACAUGUCCUUCCCCACCAAGGCCAGCCUGUAUGGAGCUAUACUCUUCACCCUCCAGCAGACCCGCUGGCUCCCAGUGUCCAAAGCCAGUCUCAUCUUUAUCUUCACCAUGUUCAUGGUGUCCUGUAAGGUGUUCCUGACAGCCACUCACUCCCACACCUCCCCUUUUGAUGUUCUGGAGGGCUAUAUCUGUCCCGUGCUAUUUGGGAUGACCUUGGCGGGUGACCAUCAUCAUGACAAUCAUGGUGGGGUCCAUGGGGGAGCCCACGGUGGCAGUGGGCCCAGCUCACCACACUCAGCCAUGGCCACCAAGUCCAAGGAGGAGCUGAGUGAGGGCUCCAGGAAGAAGAAGACCAAGAAGGCAGAUUAGGGGGUGGCCCAGGGGGCUUGUGGGAGGAUGGGGAGAAGACCCCGACUCAGAACCCUCAGUCGGGGGUGGGGGAGGUGUCCUGGGCUCAACUGUCCCCUCGCAGAGCCUCAACUUCUCUGUCUGCAAACUGGGGCCAUUAGCCCACCUUCUGGGGCUGAUGUGAGGGGUUAGAUGAGGUAUGAGGGUAAAGGGCAUUUGUAGGAAUGGGGGUCCUUCUCUGCAGGACCCCUGUAGAGUCCAAUUUUGGGGGGGCAUAGAAUCCUGGCAAUGGCUCCAGCCAGAAAUACUGGCAGUUAUAUUCUUGGUUCUAUUAUUUCCUCUAAAAUUAUGUUUUGACUCUGAAUUUCAAGCAGCAUUGAGAUUCAUUUAUUUGACGAAUGAUUCCUAAGUACCUCCUGAGAGGCAGCUGCUGUGAUUUCCACAUCUUGCUGACUCCUCCUGGGCAUCCCUGGGCAAGGUGCCUCCUUCUCUGAGCCUUGCGCUCCCCAUCUGUAUAAUGGGGUCCCCUGGCCCUUCUCUGUACACAAGGGUGAUGUGAGGCUGGCCACGAACCAGCCUUAUAAGCUCAGAAGCACCGUGCAGUCAGCAGGAGAGCCCCUGACGGGUGUUCACUGCGUUUGAGAACAGCUUUGUGUUUUAGAUCAUUUGUGUUUGUGGGUUGGAGACCCCCACAAGUUACCUGGCACAAAGAAGGCCUUCACUAGACACAUCUAGGCCAGACUUCAGAGCUUGGAGGAUGGGAAAGGCUUGUUCUGACCCUUGGCUUUGGCCUGCCGCUAAACCAAAGAAAUACAGCUAGCUGGGCUGGGGUUCCGAGGUCCAGUGUGUCCAGGGGGCUCCAAGCACUCACUGUUGGGCCCUGGCAGCAUCAGGCCAUCCUCAUGCUGGCAUCCAUUGCCGCCCAUUCAGUUACUAAACAUGUUGCUGCCUACUCUGCUCAGCCUUGUGCUGCUGCUGGGCAGGCUGGAAACUUGUGUUUGGGUGAGUGAGGAGAAUGGUAGCUGAAGGCCCCUCUUAGCUACCUUCAUCUCAUCCCAGGUCACCAGGAUGUCUGAGAGGGGUGGGUGGAUUGAAUUUGGAGUUUGGGCCCAGGCCAGGCCAGCCUGAGGCUGUCCUCUGCAAAAGGGUGCUCAGGGUGUGCUCUGGGCAUUAGUCUGCAGCUGUUUUGAGAUUGGCUUAGGGUUAUGGGGUCCCAGGUGUUGCCCAGCUGUUGGGAAAGUGCCUUGAUCUGGUGAUAUCUGGCAGUUGGAUGGGUCCUGAGACUGUAUCCUCUUGCAUGUCCAUCAAGGCUUGGCAUGAAAGUUCAGCAAAUAAAUCUGUUGUGAGA